GGAGAGCCAGAGCCGGAGGGGGAAAGGGGAGGAGAAGGAGGAAAACCCCUGUCAAGGAGGUGGAGCGAGGGGCUGGUGUCCGCCUCCUGUUCCUCCCUGCCGUUUUUUAGAGGAGCCUAAACCGGGACAAAACACGCCGAGACCGACAGACACAAAGCCGGGGGGUCCACGCUGGCGCUGGAGGCGAGCCCCGGCGGCCGCGAGCGAGCCCGAGGCGCCGCGGGACGCGGGGCGCGGGGGCGCUAGCGGGCAGGGCGCGGGCAGCGCCCCCAAGCCGGGGCCAGGCACCUCGGCCGCUCGGGCCGCCGCGGCGGGGACCAUGCCGAGGAAAGUCUCCUGAGCCCGGCAACUUCGGCCCCUCCCCGCCCCCACCCAGGCUGCCCUCCGCGGCCCUGCCCAUGUGCAGACGGCCGGCGGGCUCUCCUGCUUGCAGGCGGAUGGGUGACCUUUUCCUGGCACGGGCAGACUGUGCGAGGCGGCGGAGCAGGCGAUGAAGAAGAAGCAGCAGCAUCCCGGCGGCGGCGCAGAUCCCUGGCCCCAUGGGGCCCCUCUGGGGGGCGCUGCUCCUGGCCUGGGCAGCUGGAAGCGCCGGGUCUCCCAGCUGCCUUUCCUGCGCUUCUCCCUCCGGGACUACGGUUUCUGCAUGGCCACCCUACUGGUCUUCUGCCUGGGUUCCCUCUUCUAUCAGCUCAGCGGGGGACCUCCUCGCUUCCUGCUCGACCUGCGACAGUAUUUGGGAAAUUCCACUUAUUUGGAUGACCAUGGACCACCUCCUAGUAAGGUGCUGCCUUUCCCGAGCCAGGUGGUAUACAACAGAGUGGGCAAGUGUGGGAGUCGCACUGUGGUCUUACUUCUGAGAAUCUUGUCGGAGAAGCACGGAUUUAAUUUGGUCACGUCAGACAUUCACAACAAAACCAGGCUUACUAAAAACGAACAAAUGGAACUGAUUAAAAAUAUAAGUACUGCCGAACAGCCCUAUUUAUUUACUCGACACGUUCAUUUCCUCAACUUCUCAAGGUUUGGAGGAGACCAGCCUGUCUACAUCAACAUCAUCAGAGACCCCGUCAACCGCUUCUUAUCAAACUACUUCUUCCGUCGGUUUGGAGACUGGCGAGGGGAGCAGAAUCACAUGAUCCGCACGCCCAGCAUGCGGCAGGAGGAGCGCUACCUGGACAUCAACGAGUGUAUCCUUGAAAACUACCCCGAGUGCUCCAACCCCCGGUUAUUCUACAUCAUCCCGUAUUUUUGUGGACAGCACCCCCGGUGCAGGGAGCCUGGCGAGUGGGCCCUGGAAAGAGCAAAAUUGAACGUGAACGAAAACUUCCUGCUCGUGGGGAUUCUUGAAGAGCUGGAAGAUGUGCUGCUUUUACUGGAAAGAUUUUUACCUCAUUACUUCAAGGGCGUGCUCAGUAUCUACAAAGACCCAGAGCAUAGGAAACUUGGAAACAUGACUGUGACCGUGAGGAAGACUGUCCCCUCCCCCGAGGCCGUGCAGAUUCUCUACCAGCGAAUGAGGUACGAGUACGAGUUCUACCACUACGUCAAAGAGCAGUUCCACCUGCUGAAGCGCAAGUUUGGACUGAAGUCGCGCGUCAGCCAGCCCGCUCUGAGACCCCAGUUCUUCAUUCCAACUCCCCUGGAGACCGAGGAGCCCGUCGGCGACGAGGAACAGGACGACGAGAAGUGGCUCGAAGAUAUUUAUAAGAGGUGAUGGUGCCAGCCCUGUGUGGCUUCCAAUGGCUUUUUCUCCCUUUUCCAGAAAUGUGUUUCUGUUUGUUCAUUUGGGGAAGAAGAAUCCUGAAGGCACUAAAUUAAUGCUCGGCUGCAUUAAAUGGAACAAGACAUUCCCACAGGUUGGGGUCAUUGGGAGAUGCCCGGUUUUGCGGGUUUUAUUUGUUUAAUUUUAUUCUGUGUUUUUCCUGGCUCCUUGGGCCCUUCCCAGGUACACUAAGAUGACUCCAUCACAAGGCAUCUCGUCAUAAAAUAGCUUCCCCCCCCAAUAUAAUGAGAGAAAGGGGGAGGACAGAAUAUAGCCCGUAGCCCAAUAACUUAUCAUUUGUAAAAAUGACUUGUAAAAAUAUUACCUCAGUGGUAGGAAACACCCAGACUUGUAUAUUUUGGUAGAAAUACAAAACCACUUCAGAGAGCAGGGAACCCACUCCAAAAGGAUCUAAAAGGAGAAGGUAAGACAGAUGAGGACAUCAAAGAGAGCACGUCCCUGGAUUAGCGGGCCCUAUCCACCCAGGUAGAAUCCUGCCUCUGGUCCGUCCCAGGGGGCACUUUCGCCAAGGGCAGCCCGCUUGCCAUCUCUGAAGGAGCGAGUCAGCUGGUGCCACAGUCACAGCCCCCACCAGUCCGGAGCCCUGAGGACCUUUCAAGGUCAAAGAACCAGGCAAGCUCUGCUGAGACAUGCGAUGUCCAAGCACCAUUCUGACCGAUGUCAAAGUAACACGGCAGGGAAAAGAAUUGAUUUGCUGUGGGAGAAGGAGUGUAGGCAAAGCUGAUUGGCUCUGGAGGUCACCUGGCCUAGGGAAACGGUAUGGUCCUGUCCUUGGCACCCAAUAAGAAAUAUUCUCUCCCAGCAUUGUUUUAACUGGAUACCCAGGAACCAGUUUAGCUCUGACACUUAGCCUGUGGCCGACGUGCUAAGCUUGAUGAGGCGAUGCAUCCACGGCCAUCAGGCGCCCCCAUGGCCAGUGGGGUCCCACAGUAUCUGGGGUCUUGCACCAUCUAGUCCCUUCAGAGGUGCCUGUUUUUGGUAAAAAAAAAUGGGUGAGGUGCUGAAUUCUGUCCAGGCAGCAAGGAAACUGUGGUCUCAUUUCUUAAGGGAGCAGCUUACUCCUGAGACCCCUUACUAGGAUAUCAAGAAGAGAAGAAGCAAGAGCUCUGGGUAGGGGACUGCUCGAGUGGUUUUAUGAGAAGGUGCCUGCCCCCAAAGUGCUCUGAGCAGAUGUCGGGCAGUGUCGUGUCUCCAAAACAUCUCCUCCCCGUGCUACUCCCACCAGCUGCCAUCCAUCCAUGGUGCCUGCAUGCAAUCAUUAGAAACCUGUUUCUUUGGAUUCUGAAAUGUUUUCCUCUUUAACUGCCCCCUCCCCCUGAAAAAAUACAUAUACUCCUGGGUGAACAAUACCCAGCCAGCUGACACUCAGAGGUGCAGGUGGUGGUGGCAGGCAGGACACGUGCCACACAUUUUGUCUUCUUCAUUCUUUUCUCCCCUAGAGCCAGCCUUUCGAGAGCAAAGUGUGAGUUGGGAAUACUUAAUAGUAAAUAAGACUCUAACUUUACACAAGCUACACAUUUUCUACUUUUCAGAAACCAACAAGUCUCUCUAGAGUUUUUUCUGCGUUCACUAAAGUUGGACGGUAGCCAAGAUAUAAAGCAAGUCAUUUGGAACCUGUCCAGUGUGCACUAACGCUACUUUAUCAUGAGAUGUGUUGAGAAGGCUCCACCCCGCAGGAGUCCAGUGAAGGCUGGGACCACAGAGGCACCGAGUCCAGCAUUGGGCCACUUGGGGGCCUCCUUUCCGCCUCAGAGAACUGGGGCAGCGAAGUGAUUAAGGGACACAUAGAAUUGCGAUCGAUUCUAAGAGAAGAGGAAAUGUCCUUUGUCCCAUUUAGAGAGACCAGGGCCCUACCAUUCUAGACAUACCUUAAAAAGCAACUCGAAGAAUAGUUACCACAUUCCAAACAACAUCAAGAACCGCCGCCUGGCAUGUUGCGAGCCGUCCCUAUGAAACCGCACAGAAAGAAUGACACUUAGUUGACACACAUGCAAUCUCACUAUCUGGAAACACAGUCGAGUUGGCUGAGAGUUCUCUCUGCUCUGGUCAGAACAUCGGGACGGUUGGUCAUUUGACAAAUGUACCUUAUCUCUUAGUGCAAGUUCCCACGAGCACUUCUCCCUGUGUGUUCAACGGCAUUGGUUGUCAGCAGUGAUCGUUAUGCAUCACAACAAAAGAUGCUGACUGAUGGACUCGCAGGGCCUCACGGUUAUUUUGUCCCAGCCCACGGCCUUUAGGUCCAUACGGGCAAAGCGCUCCGUCAGUAUCCUUGGCUGAGAUGAAAACAUUUUUCUGGCCCUGAGCCCAACACAGUUUGUACGUCAUGAAAUAUAUUGUACAUUUUACAUAGUUUAAUUUAAAAAAUACAUUUUAAGCUGGUUGAUCUUUGACUGCCUUAUUUAUUAUAACCUUUCAGCACAUUCCAAGGUUUUAGUUACUCAGGAAGGAGUUAAUUAAAAUGAUUUUAUUUUGGUCUGAUGGAUGUUUUUUAAAAGGAAAAUUAUUAUUAUGAACCUUCAGCCUACUUUCCUUGAGUGCCGUAAAAGUGCUUGUAAAUUUUUUUUUAAGAAGAAGGAAAAAAAAUUGUGUUUGACAUUGAUGGAAACUGAAAACUAUAUAUGCAACUGAACGAGCUGAGCUGAAAUAAAAGCAAUCUGUGUUUGAGACGAAGUGCUCCUUAAGUUAUUCAUUACCCGUGUAAAUAAACGAAUGUCAAU